AACUUUUUAAAAGGCGUUAAUCAGUCGAUUAAUUUUGUGAUAAUACGGGUUAUAAUAUACGCCUGUUUUCUAACAUAUGUAUUGACGGGUGGGAUGUUGUCGGCGGAGACCGCCUUCGCCACUGUUGCUUAUUUUAAUGCACUUCGUAUAACUAUUGGGCACAAUGUACCCUUGGCCGUUGCUGCUCUGGGUGAAAUAAUAUCAGUAAUCAAUCGUAUGCAGGAUUUUUUAUUACUCGAAGAGAUGAGUGGUUUGGAUGAGAGGGAAGGGAAAGACAACGAGGCGUUCAUUUCGGGAGAAAAUGAGGAGACGACUGAACCCACGCUUCGGGACAUUAGUUUGAGUGUAAAACCCGGCGAACUGUUGGCUGUCGUCGGAUCCGUUGGCAGUGGAAAGAGCUCACUAUUGAUGUCAAUACUGAAUGAGAUAUCGCUAGUGUCGGGUCGAGUGGUAGUGAGGGGUCGGGUGUCGUACGCGCCGCAGGAGUCGUGGGCUUUCAUAGCGAGUGUUCGACAGAAUAUU